AUGAAUCAGACAAAAAUAACACUGCUGGACAUUGAAGAACCAAUAUUUCAAGAACUACGCGACCAAUUCACAAUGGCAAUCCCAGAAGCUACAGUGACUAGAAUUUUAAAAAUCGAAAUGCCGGAGAGAAUAAUAAAACGACACCAAAAGUUUGCAGCGAAAAUGUCAAAAAAACAUAAAACGGAUCUGCAAACAAUCACACACUCAAUGUUUUAUGGAGCGACAUACUAUUGCUGUGAUCCGAUUACGAGGUUGGAGACGAAAGCUGAACUAUGUGAGAAUAAAGAGUGUACAAUGUGUGGAAUUCUUAGAAAGGGAAAUAAAAUGCGUAAAGCCAAAAAUCGAUGGUGGUGGUGGAAGAAGUCGGCGAUUUCGUCUUCGAAUGAUCCAGCGAAUUCAUUAACUGAUUCUUUAAAGCAGCGUGACCAACAUCCUUAUAUAAUGUUUGUAUUGGAUGUGCUUUCUCCGUUACCCGGUUAUACACUCAAAGUUUUUAAUAAGGCAGCUACAAUACCGAAAUACUUAAUAAUCUUUGAAUACAUAGAUCCUGACGAACACAUCGCGAAACGAAUAAUAGAACUUUCUGUAAACUAUUAA